AGUCACUACCAUUUAAUUACAUCUCCAACAUACCUCUUCUCUCAUUGGCAAGCAAAAUGCCUAGACAAAUUGAGUUUGAUGAUUCCACAAGCUCGGAUCUUUCUGACAAUGAUGCUUGCAACUGCGAAGAGCAGCAGGAUAAGAUUAAGAAUCAGCAGUUAAGCUUACUGAUUCAACAAACAAGCAUCGAUGAACUGGGCGAGAUCAACACAGCCCCUUUAUUCACGCCCUCCGUCUUGCAACACGCGCAGCACUUAGGCGUGUCAACUUCAACAGCCGCUUUCUCGCAAUAUGGACUACUGGCCGGAGAUGUGCGCAGCCUCCAGGAGACAUCGCCUGAAGAUCCUCGAAUCUUCUAUAAUGUUGCGACGCCUGCCAGCGUGUUCAUAUGUGGCAGCCAAGGAUCAGGCAAGAGCCACAGUCUGUCUUGCAUUCUCGAGAAUUGCUUGAUACAGUCGGACAAGUUAGGGCGUCUCCCUCAUCCAUUGACAGGAAUUGUCUUUCAUUACGACGAUUACGCGUCGGACUGGCGCGUUAAUCCCUGUGAGGCCGCAUACUUAGGCAGCGACCCUGGAAUCAGCGUGAGAGUUCUAUGCUCACCUACAAAUCUCAGAGCAAUCAAGGUAACUCCAGUCCUCUCUCUUCUAUGUUUCAACUUCUAAUGCAAUGUAGGAGUCCUACGGCCAACUCCAGAACGUCACGGUCGAAGCUCUGCGCCUAGACCAGUCCGACCUCAACACGAGGCGCAUGAUGGAGCUCAUGGUAUUCGACCGUACGCAACCGCUGUACGCAUCAGUAGUUCAAAGGAUACUGAGAGAUAUGCGCCUCAGACAGCAGGAUAAAGCGGGCUGUUUCAACUACCGUGAAUUUAUCACUAAACUUGAAGACGAGCCGUUAAGCCCUGAUCAGAAA